AUGUUUUCAAGAAGGAUAACGAAGCGAUUAAAUGCAGAGUCAGAAACCAGAAAAUUUUCAAAAAGGCGUCGUAAAACUCCGGGUUUUACGCCUUUUAAACAAGUUGAAAUUCCUGAAAGUUGGAAGUUCGAAACGCAAAAGCUACGGGAAGCAAUACGUACGUCAGUUGCGCACUGCCAUUACGAUGAUCCAUGCAAACGCGAAAGACUCGGAAAUGCUGUUUUUGAAGCGCUAAGUGGACAGAAAACGAUGAAAGCAGCUGCUAGUGCACAUGAGGUGCCAUUUACUACUUUGCAAACUUAUUUCCAUCGUUCGCGAGCUCGAAUGGCAAAAAUAAUGAAUGAUAAUGACGAUAUACCGCCGAAACAAAUUCAGAUCCCCGUAUCUCUUACUCUUUCUUCGUCUGAUAUGGAUAACGCGCUCGCAGAAGAAAAAGUGUCUCUGACACAGUCAAAAAAAUCAAAGCGAUUGCAUUCAUUGUUGGAUGCUCUUGUGGCUAAAACGGUGAAAAGUGAUGUCGUGAUUAACGAAAGUUUGCUACCCUCAUAUUUUACACCUCAAAAACUGGGUUCCGGUAAAAGAAAGCCGAAGGAAGUUCAUCGAAUAGUGCCAGCAUCAGCAACAGAAAAUGAAAAUCUAGAAGAUUGUGAAUCACCAGACUGGUUCAGUGAUCAAUCACAGAAUGGUUCUGCUGAAAGUAUUACUACCAAAUCGAACGAAGUAGUAACGAAGUAUAGUAAGGAAGAAGUGAUGGCAAUAAUCAUUUCUGCAAUAUCGGAUUCUUCUCUGGAUGCAGAUACCAAAAAAUCAGUAAAAGAAAUAAUUGGCGGAAUACUCGACAAAUCGCUGAAUGCUAGUGAUAUAUGUACUUUUUUAAAAUUAGAUCCUGCUUUCGCAGAGUUUAAUGUUUGUCGAGAACAAAUUCUGGAGUGUCCGGAUAGAAUGCUACAUGAAAAUGAAAUUGAUUUCGAUAGCGCUAAUGAAAACAAGGAUCAUGCACUUUGUUUGUCGUCUAAAUUGCAAAACUACGAAUGUUUGGAUAAAACAGAAAAGUGCGUAAAUAAUGUUUAUCGUUUCUCGCGUUAUUCAAAUUUGCAGCAGGAAGCGUUGCGUAAAGCUGUUGCAAUGGUAAUUCGUGGCGAAUGUAGUGUUAUUGGAGCAUCAAGUAUUAUGGAAUUACCUACAUCAGCCGUGCAUUCUUAUGUUCAUUGUGCACGAGCUGCAUUGGUGACCUUUUUGCCGCAACAAGCUGAAACGUUGAAUAGAACAAUAGCAGCUGAUGAAUGUAAUGUACGUAGUAAUUCUGUUUCGAAGGAAGUUGAGAUAGUGAUCUCAGAUCUUAUGAAAAUUUCAUCGCACGAUCUGAAUGAACAACAAAAAUUGCGCGCUGCACUUUCUGAAGUUUUGACGAAAGAUGUUCCAGUCACAGAAGUUUCUAGUAAAUAUGGGAUAACAGUUGAUGCGUUUCAACCAUAUAUUACGAAGGCUCGCGUGUUGCUUGGUCAAUCACCUUAUCCAACAUCGUCUAAUAUCAGGGAAACGUUAACGAACUUGGAUGCAAAAUUGUCAAAUGCUAAUGGAAAAUAUGCAGAUGAAGAAAAAAAUUUGAACAAAAUGCUCAAAAACACCGUACCUUCACUGGGAAAUAUUUCUACCGGUGAUACAAUUUUUACAACUUCUGGUACUGUCCAUCCAAACAUAACGAAAAGUUUUUCAAAGCACGAAAAACAAUGUGAUGUCGAAAAUCUGUUAACGAAGGCAGGCUCAUCAACCAAUGACAGUCCUCAAACUGAAAGCUCGCUGAGUGGCUCAAUUGUUGAUCUUAGUAGCAGCGGUGACGAAUUUGAUGAUGAUAAGUCUUUUUUAUUUUUAUCUAACUGUACCCAACCGAAUACAGCCAAAAUUCGAUCUAGACGCGAGAAGCAAGUUGAAAAUAUGAAUGCUGUAAGUCAUGAAGAAAUAGAAGAAUCAACAAGAAAUACUGCUGUUCUAUAUGCUGAAAGUGGAAGUGACUAUAGCGAUGAUGAAUUUAAUGGCUUACCACGUUCGAUCCGAGGCGUAGCAAAACUUCUCUCCGAUACGAAGCUGGACAAAUUAAGCACGAAGGAAUAUACUGGAACGCCAGAAAACUUGGCUAUUAAAAUAGAUAAGGUUUUGCAUAAAUAUCGUUUUCGCGGUGAUCGGAAAAAAAUGCGUGACGGAAUUCUCGAAGUUUUAUAUAAAUCGAAAACUCUUAGUGAAGCUUGUAGAGGGAAUAAUUUGGCUCCAACAACAUUAAGUACAUAUGUUCGUCUGGUAAAAGUCCUCAUCAAUACAAAGAAAACUGGCACAAAAGGGUUAGUUCGCGUCUUGUCUCUACCAAAUACUGUAAAAGGGAUUAAGAAUGAAAAUGAUGCUAAUGGACGAAAUGAAUUACGGAAGGGAGGAUGUUCCGCCGAAUCAGCUGAAAAGAAAAAACUUCUGAUGGGAUCUUCUAAUUCAGCCGAAGAGAUUCAUCGUGAACUUCUUGUUCAAAAUGCUGACGUGAUGAUGUUACAUACACAAUCUAUAAUAAAUAAUGUGGAGAGCUUUUACAAAGUGCUGAUUAAUUACCUUAUUGAACAACAGUACCGACGGUCAGAGGAAGCUCAGCAAAAGAUGUGCGCAACUUUGGAAUGUGUAUUACUCGAUGGCUUAUCGGUUACUGAAGCUUUGGAGGUUCAUAAAGGCCCAGCAGAACAUGUUUUGCAAGUUUAUUUAAGUCGAUGUCGUGAAGUUAGUAAAUGCAUAAAGGCGGAAUUUCCAAAUUUUAAAUCAAGUGUCGCACAGGCAAUAAGUAAGAAUUGCACGAAUGGUAAACAAGAUGUUGAAGAUUGUGUUUCAAUAGUGUACAAUAAUAAGAGUGGAGUUACGGAAAACAGAUCCGUGAAGCGUUCCAGCAAACGGCUUCAGAGGAAGGAAAUCAAGGAAUCGUUGACUACAGAACGGACUGUGGGAAGUUUGAAACACCUCAACUUGAUCUUUUCUGAAGAUUUUCGCAAGGUGUUAUAUGAUUAUUUAGAAAAGCUCAAUGGUGUGAAUUUCCCUAUUAAAGAUUCCCUUAUUGUUGGACUGGCAAAAAUAAUUAUUGAUGAAUUUCCAAUGAACGAGCAAAUCGUUUUUGCCGAUACAGUCUGGGAUCAAUGGUUGACAAAAUACCGUAAGAAACAUCCAGAAUUUGACGAGUAG